AUUUGUGGAACCAUAUACUCCACCAUUAAAUCAACUAACAAACACAUUCAGUUCUCUUUCAAAUCACCAAAAGUACCAACAAUUCAAUGGAAGGUACAAACUUGAAUGCAUAUGCAUUCGUAUUCCUUGGUACUCUGUUUCUUUUGCUCCUUUCCAAAUUUCUUCGCCAAAGAAAACUCAAUUUACCUCCAGGCCCAAAACCAUGGCCGAUCAUCGGAAACUUAAACCUUAUCGGAAACCUUCCUCACCGCUCAAUCCAUGAACUCUCCCUCAAAUACGGACCCAUUAUGCAACUCCAAUUCGGGUCUUUCCCCGUUGUAGUUGGAUCCUCCGUCGAAAUGGCUAAGAUUUUCCUCAAAUCCAUGGAUAUUAACUUUGUAGGCAGACCGAAAACGGCCGCCGGAAAAUACACAACGUAUAAUUAUUCGGAUAUUACAUGGUCUCCAUACGGACCAUAUUGGCGUCAGGCACGUAGAAUGUGCCUGAUGGAAUUAUUCAGCCCGAAACGUCUCGAUUCAUACGAGUAUAUUCGGGCUGAGGAGUUACAUUCUCUGCUCCAUGAUUUGAAUAAAAUAUCAGGGAAACCAAUUGUGCUGAAAGAUUAUUUGACGACGUUGAGUUUAAAUGUUAUUAGCAGGAUGGUACUGGGGAAAAGGUAUUUGGACGAAUCCGAGAACUCGAUCGUGAGUCCUGAGGAAUUUAAGAAGAUGUUGGAUGAAUUGUUUUUGCUAAAUGGUGUACUUAAUAUUGGAGAUUCAAUUCCAUGGAUUGAUUUCAUGGAUUUACAAGGUUAUGUUAAGAGGAUGAAAGUAGUGAGCAAGAAAUUCGACAAGUUUUUAGAGCAUGUUAUUGAUGAGCAUAACAUUAGGAGAAAUGGAGUGGAGAAUUAUGUUGCUAAGGAUAUGGUUGAUGUUUUGUUGCAGCUUGCUGAUGACCCGACCUUGGAAGUUAAGCUGGAGAGACAUGGAGUCAAAGCAUUCACUCAGGAUAUGCUUGCUGGUGGAACCGAGAGUUCAGCUGUAACAGUGGAGUGGGCAAUUUCAGAGCUGCUAAAGAAGCCUGAGAUUUUCAAAAAGGCUACAGAAGAAUUGGAUCGAGUAAUUGGGCAGAAGAGAUGGGUACAAGAAAAGGACAUUCCAAAUCUUCCUUACAUAGGGUCAAUAGUCAAAGAGACUAUGCGACUGCACCCCGUGGCACCAAUGCUGGUGCCACGUGAGUGUCAAGAAGACUGCAAGGUAGCAGGCUAUGACGUUCAGAAAGGAACUAGGGUUCUUGUGAGCGUAUGGACUAUUGGAAGAGACCCUACAUUAUGGGACGAGCCUGAGGUGUUCAAGCCGGAGAGGUUCCAUGAAAAGUCCAUAGAUGUUAAGGGACAUGAUUUUGAGCUUUUGCCAUUUGGAGCUGGGAGAAGGAUGUGCCCGGGUUAUAGCUUGGGGCUUAAGGUGAUUCAAGCUAGCUUAGCUAAUCUUAUACAUGGAUUUAAAUGGUCAUUGCCUGAUAAUAUGACUCCUGACGACCUCAACAUGGAUGAGAUUUUUGGGCUCUCCACACCUAAAAAAUUUCCACUUGCUACUGUGAUUGAGCCAAGACUUUCACCAAAACUUUACUCUGUUUGAUUCAGCACUUCUAUGGUUCCAUCAAGAUAGACUCUUUGUUAUGUUUGAACUCGUGCUCUAAAUAUUUUGUAAUGGUAUCGUCUACUUAUCCAACUUAAAUCUUGUAUCUUUUAUUUUGCUUGAAAGUGGUUAUAGUAGUGAACACAAAAGUAUGUCGUAAUGCAGUUAUAUUUUCAGAAAUAAUAACAUUAGAGCGUUGUGUUUGUUCU